GUGCACUCACAUGUCCGCCGCGGCAGUGCUCGCCGCCCGCCGCCCCGCCGCCGCCGGACACAUGUUUUCCUCGCGCCUCUCCCGCUCGGCGCUAAGGCAAGGAUCCAAUGUAUUGGUGCGGUUUUGUUCAGGAGGGGAGGCAGGGUCCCAAGGGAAGGCCCCCAUCACUAAGAUACCCCUGAGUGAGUCUGUAUCCUGGCUGCCCAAACCUGUCUACGCUUCACCUGCAGAUAUUGACCAUGAAACGAGAGUCACAACACUGGAAAAUGGACUGCGUGUGGCCUCUGAGCCAAAGUUUGGAAACUUUUGUACAGUUGGAGUUGCAAUUGAUAGCGGCAGCAGAUUUGAGGUGGCCUUCCCAAGUGGAAUAUCACAUUUCCUGGAAAAGUUAGCUUAUAGGAAUUCACAAAAUAUGACAAGAGAGAAAAUUAUGGGAACAUUUGAAAAGCUUGGUGGCAUCUGUGAUUGCCAGUCUUCAAGGGACACACUGAUAUAUGCAACUUCAGUGGAAGCAAGAGGAAUGCCAGAAGCUGUCAAGAUAUUAUCUGAAGUAAUUUUAAGGCCCAAGCUUGAGCAAGAGGAGAUAACAGAUGCAAGAAUGGCUGUGACAUUUGAUUUGGAAGACUUACAGCUGCGACCUGAGAAAGAUGUCCUGCUCACUGAAAUGAUUCAUGCUGCUGCAUUUAGAGACAACACUCUUGGUCUUCCCAAAAUCUGUCCUCUGGAGAACAUAACAAAAAUUGACCGAUCAACUCUGUUCACCUACCUGAAACACCACCACACUCCAAAGCGCAUGGUGCUGGCUGGCGUGGGAGUGGAACACGACGCUCUUGUUGAAUAUGCUCAGAAAUACUUUGUUGAAAUUCCUCCUAUUUGGGAAACAGACCAGAGUUUGGUCAAUGUCCACAGGAUUGCAGUUGACCAAUCUGUUGCUCAGUACACAGGAGGACUUGUCAAGGAAGAAGCUGAUCUUUCUGAUGUGUCGAUAGGCCCCAACCCACUGCCAGAACUUGCUCAUCUUGUUAUUGGGCUGGAAUCUGUGGGCCACCAGCAUAAAGACUUUGUCAGCCACUGUGUCCUCAACAUGAUGAUGGGAGGUGGUGGCAGCUUCAGCGCUGGAGGGCCUGGCAAGGGAAUGUACACACGUCUGUACACUAAUGUUCUCAAUAGAUUUCAUUGGAUACACAAUGCCACAGCCUACAACCACUCGUAUGAGGAUGCCGGCCUGUUCUGUAUCCAUGCCUCAGCUCACCCUUCUCAUCUCGGAGACCUCACUCAAAUCAUCACUAGGGAGCUCACAGCCAUGAAUGGCCGAAUGAGCAAGGAGGAACUAGAGCGUGCGAAGGUACAGCUACAGUCGAUGCUGCUGAUGAAUCUUGAGAGUCGACCUGUUGUAUUUGAGGACAUUGCUCGACAGGUUCUGGCCACUGGCAAGAGGCUGCAGCCGCAGCAUUUCAUAGAUCUGAUAAAGAAAGUGACGGACGAUGAUAUAAUGAAAAUUGCCGGGAAGAUGCUCCGCUCCAGGCCAUCAGUGGCUGCUCUUGGCACUCUUAAACGUCUUCCUAGGCUGCCAGACAUUAAUGGUGCUCUCCUCAGCGGGAAUGGAACAAUUUCGUCUCUAAGAAUCAUCAGUGGACAACCUAAGUGUGUGGUUCCUCACGCAACUUUGGUUGACUUGGUACUCUUUCUUAGAGGGACUCUGGCCACGGGUUUAUUUAUUAAAUACAGUAAAUGAGUUAUUCACAUCAGUUCAUCCACUGCCCAAAUGGAUAAAUAAAAAAUGUGGAUAACCUUGAAGAAGAUCUUUUGACUGGCAUGUCAUCACUGAAAUCAAGGAGUGCAUUCUGAAUUUGGUUGCUGAAGAGUACUCUGUGGUGAUGUCUACUUGCCAUGGUAAACAAUUAUGCAUGGCUGGGUAUGUAACACUAUCACUUAUGUGGUGAGUGUGUGAGGAAAGGUGCUUUACACAUCCCCAAACUUAAUAAUAGGCCAGUAGAGGCAUUCUAUUUGUGUGGGAAUGAGGUUUUUGACAAAUGUCUUAUGACGUGAUGAACCAGAGGGUGUACAAACAAGAACAUGCCACAUGACGUGAUUAACCAUGAAUGGGAUAAAGGGUCCGCAGUGCACCAUCUGAAGCAAGACUGUCAUAGUCUCCUUGGUCAGAGUGGGUUGACUGGCUUGAUGGGGGUGUGUAGCAACGUUCUCAUCAGGAGAGGCAUACAACUGGUAUAAUAAAUGUCCCUUUUGAAUUAUGCCUAGAGCCAAUGUUUGAGGCAAAAUGGAGUUAACUUAGUUUUGUAGAAGCACCAGUCUUUACUGCCCCGAUGAGGGCAGGGAGGUAAGACUGAAACAUAAGUUGUUGACUUGAUGAUAUAUUUGGUCAAACCUGUUAAUACGAACACAUACUGUUGGAAUCAUGAAUAUGAAACUGUCACUUGUUGAAUCAUGCAAUUUGGUGUUAACACCAGCUGUAUCAGCCACUUCCAUGGGCUUGUCCAGGAUCUUGAAGCAUACAUGCUGAUGCCCUAUUGGUGUCUUGCUCAUGCCUUUAAGGUCUUUGAGUUGGUGUGCCAGAAAACAAGGCAAGACUAUAUUUAGAUAGGGUGACAUGCACCAGCUGUGACCUUCAGUAUGCAGCGGUGCAGCAGUUGAAUCCAAUCCUCUUUUGCACACCGCUUUCCAUUCGCAUGAAUCCUCCACAUAAACCCAACAUUAUGCUGAUUCUGGUCCUUAGCUUUAUAACACUUGUCCCUGAGACAUGAGGGUUAACAAUGUCUCCAUAUUCCACUGCAUUUUGUAAAAGGUGACUAAAAGCGAUGUAGCUCCUAAGAUACAGGAAUUCUAGUUACUGACUUCCUCAACUAUCUCUGCUAAAAGCACUUGCCAGAAUAAUCACAUGGCCUUUUGAGUCUUCACCUUAGUGUUGCAGAAAGCUUGAUCAGGGAACAUCGUGAUCACAUUUUUAAUAUUUUUUUUAACUGGCUUUAAUUUUUUUUUGCAGGAAAUAGUUUGUUAGCUUUCCAAUAUGAAAAUACUGAUAAAGCACUGAUGCACAUCACUCCUACCUUAUUGGUUAACCU